AAUGUUAGGUAAGUCUGUUAUGCAGCCCGGCUAACUGAAGCUAGCUGUGAGUCCAGGAGGGGUGUGUCGGUGCUGCUGUGGACUCUUGUAGACUCGAUGGUCUCCUCCUCCAGGAUCCGGCUCAUUUGGCGUCACUUUGUGAACAGUGGAAUGGGAGAGAUGGCCUCCAAAGCUCAGCUGCCGACCCCAGAAUCAGCUCUGCCCGGCCGCAGCAGCAGCAUCAUCAAAGUCCCGGCCAAACAUGAUGUGAACGGAAACCGCAUGGUUCCACCGUUUCCAGAAGGGACAGAGAUGGUCAUAUUUGGUAUGGGAUGUUUCUGGGGAGCGGAGAGGAAGUUCUGGAGACAAAAGGGGGUUUAUUCCACUCAAGUGGGCUACGCAGGCGGAUACACAGCUAACCCCACCUACAACGAAGUCUGCUCAGGUAAAACAGGCCACACUGAAGUGGUGAGAGUUGUCUUCCAUCCAGAGAAGGUCAGCUUCGCCAACCUGCUCAAAGUUUUCUGGGAGAACCACAACCCGACUCAAGGGAUGAGACAAGGGAACGAUGUUGGGACGCCGUACCGCUCUUCCAUCUACACCUACUCAAAGCCGCAGUUUGAGGAAGCUCUGGCAUCCAAAGAUCAAUACCAGAAGGUUCUCACCGAGGAAGGUUACAACACCAUAACAACAGAAAUCGCAGAAGACCAGACGUUCUACUACGCCGAGGAUUACCACCAGCAGUACCUGAACAAAAACCCUAACGGAUACUGCGGCAUGGGAGGGACUGGAGUCACCUGUCCAAUAGGAGUCAAAUCAAAGGCCUGAACAGCCAAUGAGAGCAAGAGUUGAACCUCAGUCUGUUCAGUAAGGGUGCACAGACAGGGUGUCUUAAAGAUUUAAACAGCAGAUGUAAAGAGUUUGGGUUUUAAACAUGUAAACGUCUUUUUAUCAGAUCUUUUUAGCAUAAAUCCAACGAAUGAAACGGCUUCCUUUCUCUGCCAUGCUACAUAAACCUGAGAGGCUGUUCAUGGUCGACACGCUUCUCACUCUUUGCAAUAAUUAAAGGAACAUGGUAGGGUACCAUGGCUUCAGAUUCUGAGCAUAUUUUCAGUCUACACUUCUUCACACAUGCAUUGAAGUUUCAUUUGUUCUGUUUAUGAAGGUGUGAACUGAAGUACGCACCUGUCAGAGGAUUGUGACGAAUUGAACCUCAACACUGUUUUAUAAGGACGUUCAUUUUAGUGAGCUCGAGUCCAGAUUUCACUGCUGAUUACUACUCACAGAUUGGUUUUGCUGAGAGCUGUUUGCAUUGUGACUGCUGAUUAUGUUUGUAUUUCUCAGGUUGAUCUUCGAGUGAUUACUCAAAUCUCUGAAACUGAUGCAGGAAUAAAAAUAACAACACCUUGAAAAUA